AUUCUUCCUCCACUCUUUCGAUCUCAAAAAAAAAUCCCUUUCUUGGUAUACCGUUAUUAGGGUUUAUCCAAAAAAUUCCCAUAAACCCUUUUGGCUCUUUCAAUUUUCAAUUUUAUUAAUCAAGAAUUUGGUAACCCAAGUUCAAUUUAGUCUCAAAAAUCAGCUGUAAGUAUUCACUUUUAUGCAUUUCUGAUUGUACUUUGGGUAAUUGAGGUUGUACUUUUUGCUUGUUAAUGGAGUUUUAUAGUUAAGGUUUGGUGAAUUAGGAAAGUGGAGUUGACGAAUCUUGAAGAAUUUGGUGAUAUUUUUGUUCUGGGGUUGAUAUUUAUAUCAUAAAGUUGUGGUUUUUUUUCAUGUCUACUUGUACUUUGGGCAAUUGGGGUUGUACUUUUUUCUUGUUAAUGGAGUUUAAUAGUUAAGGUUUGGUGAAUUAGCAACUGGGGUUGUGGAAUCUUGAAGAAUUUGGUGAUUUUUGGGUUCUGGGGUUGAUAUUUAUAUCAUAAAGUUGUGAUUUUUUUCAUUUCUACUUGUACUUUGGGCAAUUGGGGUUGUACUUUUUGCUUGCCAAUGGAGUUUAAUAGUUAAGGUUUGGUGAAUUAGCAAAAGUGGGGUUGAGGAAUCUUGAGAAAUUUGGUGAUUUUUCGGUUCUGGUGUUCUCAUGACUACUAGUGUUUUGGGCAUUUGGUGUUGUAGUUUUGCUUGUUAAUGCUGUUUAAUAGGUGAGGUUUGAUGAAUUAGCAAGUGGGGUUGAGGAAUCUUGAGGUUUAGGAUUGGUUUUCUUGAAGAGUUUGGUUGAUUUUUCGGGUUCUAGGGUUGUCAUUUAUAUAACCAAAAUUGUUCUUUUUUUGAAUUUUUGGGGAAAGACAGGAGUGUGAUACUUUAAGGUUUUAUGAAUUACCUAGCGGGGUUGAGGAAUCUUGAGGUUUGUAUUUGGUUUUCUUGAAGAAUUUGUCGAUUCUGGGGUUGUCAUUUAGAUCACCCAGUUGUGGCUUGUUUGCUUUUUGGGGAAAGCCUGGAGUUUAGUCAUUCUUUUACUCCUUAAUGUAGCCUAAAUGUAUAGGGUUUACAUGAAUUGCAAAUGGGUGUAGGGAUGUUGAAUUGCAUAGGUGAGUUGUGGAGUUUUUUGUAAUGUUACCAAGUUGUGAGCUUUUCCUGUCGAAGACACGAGUUUGAGCUGAGUGGUGAGGUUUUUGAGUAAAAACAAGCUGUAAAUCUCUUAGGAAUUUGAAUAUGAUCGUUGGAGGUAAUGCUGAGGAUAAAAAGGAGAAAGAUAGUACUGUUGAUAAUGCUAGGGAACAACAAAGAGCUGGUUCGGACGAGUUUGGGCGAGCAAUAUCAAGGACUGCGGUGGCACAAAUAUGUGAAAGUGUUGGGUUUGAGAUCUUCAAUGAAUCUGCUCUUGAAUCGCUUGCAGACAUUGCGAUUAAGUAUAUACGUGACCUAGGGAAGACAGCUAGUAGUAGUGCUAAUUUAGCUGGAAGAACACAGUGCAGCGUGUUUGAUAUUAUUCAAGGAUUAGAGGAUAUGUGUGCCUCCACUGGUUUUCAACGAGCGUCGGAGGUGAACCGUUGCGGGUUAAAUUCUGGUAUUGUUAGCGAGAUGGUUGAGUAUGUGGAAUCUGCUGAAGAGAUUCCGUUUGCUCAACCUAUUCCACAUUUUCCCGUGGCAAAACAUCCCAAGAUGAUACCCAGUUUUUCACAAAUUGGUGAAACACCGGCAUUUAAGCACGUACCUCCAUGGUUGCCUGCAUUUCCUGAUCCGCAUACUUAUGUACGUACUCCAACGUGGAAUGAGAGGGCAUCGGAUCCUCGAGCUGAUAAAAUUGAAUUAGCAAGACAACGAAGGAAGGCAGAAAGAUCUUUAUUAAAUUUACAGCAGCGGUUGCUGUGCAAUGGUUCGGCAGGGGCAUCAACUUCUGGUCAGCCAGAUGACGUUGCUAUCACUUUAAGUGUUAGUAAAAGCGAAAAUCCGUUUCUUGCAAAACCUUUUCAAGCUGGUGAGAAAGAUGUGGAUCCAGUGGCUCUGCCAGCUAAACUUUCUAGUGAGAUAGACAACAAAAAUCACAUUUCUUUAUUGGAGACGUUCUCUCCUGCAAUUGAGGCGAUGAAGGGGCUUUCCGAAACAGUAGAUGGCGAGGAGAAAAAACUUCCGGACAAGAGGCCUGCUGUCUGUUUAGAGUUUAGACCUGGAAAGAAGGUGGUAGGUGAUUCUUUGGAUCUGAGGCUUUGGAAAAAGGGCUCUGGGAGAAACGCUUCCUUGUUCAGGCGGGAUGAUGAUAGAGAUGACAAGAAGAGGAGAGCUGAGUUGAUACUGAGGCAAUCUAGGGAAAAUCAGCAGGAGUUAACGCAGUUGUAAAUUAGUUGGUUAGCUUGAAGGGGUACUUCCGUCCCCCUGUUCAAAACAGCAGCAAUUGAUUAGGUUUAGGUAAAAGUCGGUCAUACUGUAAUUCUUCUGUGGAUGUCACAGUCUAUUUGGAUGUCGAGAGAUGUAGUUGCAUAGAACAUUUUUGCGAGGUUAGUCAUUGUUCAUUCUCCAGUGAAUCUAUUUCAGUGAGAAUAUUUUUCUUUCGCAAA